GACACUAGCAACCAGCCCUGGCGUGUGGGUCAGAGUGUCCACCACCUCGGUCAGAGACUGGGGGAAUGGGUCACCCUGGUCCCCACUGGCUGUGCCCCUCAGUGCUGGCCUUUGGCCACCUCUGCUCCCUUCUCUCUUUUCGUGGCCAAAUGCUGCUGGCUUUGGCCCCUGCUCGCUGCCUCUGCAUCUCACAAACUCUGGCCGGUUUGGGGAGCCAGGAGGUGCUCACCGAGCUUGGGGCCAGGCUCAUGGCUUUAUAGGAGGACACUGCCUGUUGUCCACAGUCUGAUGGUCACUGCCUGGGUUGCUGCCAAAGCCCUUUAGGAUUCUUUGAGAUGUUGAGGGCAGAGAGAGCUGAGCCUCACACUAGUCGUUCAGGUCUCUCGUCUGAAAUAGCAGUCAUUCAUCUGUGGGCUGGCCUGCUUUUGAAGGGUAUCAAUGCCAAAGGCUGCUAUAAUGGGUUUCUUCUGUUGUCAAAGUCUCUGAAGCAUGAAAACAAAUUAAUAAUAUACAAGUUUAACAGAGGUUUGAAAUUCCAUUAAAUGCAUGACCACUUCUGCUGUGCCACAACACAGCAAACUGCUCCAGUCCUGCUAUUCUGGAAUCUCUGUUAGGUCUUUAUUUGACCCUCAUGAGGUUAACUUAAAAUAGUAGGAGAAUUGGCAUCUUACCGCAAAGGUUGACACUAGCGGACAGUCCAGAACAUACGGUAACUUGAGCCUAUCCUCUUCAGUCUGUAGGCCCUCUUACAUUUUCCUGUUCAAAUCUUGAUUGAUGUAGACUAAUCUUUGAGUGGGUUAAGACUUGUGAGAGGUUUGUGUGGAGAGAGCCCCUGUUCAAAUUUUCAAUUGUGGACUCGCGUAAUGUUUUGUGGUUUGGAGUAGGUGUGUUGUGAUAUGAGGUUGGAGUGCAUCACAGAGUGGCAGAAGAGUCAGCCUAACCAAGGUUCAGGCAAACCUGGGUGGUGGUGUGAAGCUGAAGGAGAAAUACUUUGCAUUUAUUUUGGAAGUAGCAAUGACCUUCCCUGACAAGUUUUGAGAAGUCAGGUGUGUCCAGGGUCUUUCCUCUGAAGCUAUGUCUUUUUUGGAGCACUGUGUGCUGUCUUCUUUGCUGAGAAGAUCAGUAAAGUUAGAGACCGAGCCUUUCCCUAUGCCAUAGCCUGCUUCCUACAUAGUAUGGCUGUGGUGAAGGAAGGGGGCCCUUCCCUCCACUUUGAGUGGCAGGGAGCAGCAGUUUGGGGCCCCUUUAGCUCCCCGGGAACAACAGUGGAGUUCCACUCCUGUUGGGAGGAACAGCCAUGGCAGCAGGGGUCCUUCUGCCUUGGCAGAGAGGAAGGAAUGGCAACUAGGGGUGGUGUUUACCCUAGCAGUGAGGGCGUCUCUGUCUGAGGCGAGCAGUGUGUCCAGCCACUCCUUCCCCUUCCAUAAGGACCUUCUCUAGUCUAGGAUUUAAAGGUAUGUUAUUAACAUGUUGGGUAACAUUACACACUUAAAUCCUAGUCUAGAUGAGGCCACACAGUUCUCUGCUGGAGUGGUGUUAGUGGGGACUCCAAAGCUUUGGGUUAUGGAGCUCACUACCCCAUUGAGAUGCCUGAAGCAGUUCCCCUCCUGAUCUAAUAGAGUCUCUGCAGAUUCCAGCAGACAUCACUGCAUCUACUACUCAUUUCACCUUUUUUAGGCCUUCCUGACCAGCGAAGGGAUUGAAGCUUGGGAAUUGGGAAGCAGUCUUCAUUCUCUCCUUAGCUCCCCCCCACCCUCUUGAUUAUCAGCUGGUGUCCUCAGGGGUUGGAGACUGAUGUAGCCAGCAGUCUGGAACGUACAGCAUUGUAAGGGCUAAGUCUCAUCACAUCCAACUAAUUAAUUUUAGCAAUGACACAAUUCCCCUUCCAGCUAGUGCAGAUGGAUUAAUUGCACACUGGACAUGCCUGUUUGAAAUGGCACUGAAUGCUGUGCUCCCUGUGCCCCUUCUCAGGGUGCCUUCCAAUAUCGCUGGCUUCUGUCCCCACCCAGUCUAAAGUCUUCUUCGUCCAGCCCCAGGCACCUUCCACUAGUACUGCUAUUACAUUCCUGGAUUUGUUCAUGCAGCGCUAGUCCCUCCCCACCCACCCUGGUCUCUUUUCAAUAGCAUCAGCCCUGGCUUGCUCCCCAUGGUGGGUUUUUUUAUCCUGGUUUGUACAUGAUGAUUCCAGAGCGGGAUGGUCGGCCACCCAGGCUGUAAUGUCGUCCCUGACGACCUCCCAUGAGGGCGCAAGCUCCACUCCCAGGUUUUUUGUUGGUACCAGAGAUGAUGAGACAGACUUUCUGGGAUCAAACAUGAAGACAGACGAGAUUGAUUUCUUUGAGGAUGAUGAGGAGUCAGAGUCGCCUCCAGAACGGCAGAUUGUGGUUGGAAUCUGUGCCAUGACCAAAAAGUCCAAGUCAAAGCCCAUGACCCAGAUCCUGGAACGUCUGUGCAAGUUUGAGUACAUCACAGUGGUGAUCAUGGGAGAAGAUGUCAUUCUGAAUGAGCCAGUGGAGAACUGGCCUCCUUGUGACUGCCUCAUUUCCUUCCACUCUAAAGGAUUCCCUCUGGAUAAGGCAGUUGCUUACGCCAAGUUGUGCAAUCCGUUUCUGAUUAAUGACCUUGAUAUGCAGUAUUACAUCCAGGACAGGCGAGAAGUAUACCGGAUCUUGCAGGAGGAAGGCAUAGACUUGCCCCGCUACGCUGUGCUCAAUCGAGACCCUGACAAGCCAGAUGAGUGCAACCUAGUGGAGGGAGAGGACCAAGUGGAGGUGAAUGGAGCCGUUUUCCCAAAGCCGUUUGUAGAGAAGCCAGUCAGUGCGGAGGAUCACAAUGUUUAUAUUUACUACCCAACUUCGGCAGGUGGGGGCAGCCAGAGGCUCUUCCGGAAGAUUGGUAGCCGGAGCAGUGUUUACUCCCCUGAAAGCUGUGUACGGAAAACGGGCUCAUACAUUUACGAGGAGUUCAUGCCUACAGAUGGCACUGAUGUCAAGGUGUACACAGUUGGGCCGGAUUAUGCCCAUGCGGAAGCCCGGAAGUCCCCUGCUCUGGAUGGGAAAGUUGAACGAGACAGUGAGGGGAAAGAAAUCCGCUAUCCGGUCAUGCUGACUGCCAUGGAAAAGUUAGUUGCCAGGAAAGUCUGUGUUGCCUUUAAGCAGACAGUGUGUGGGUUUGACCUUCUGCGGGCGAAUGGCCACUCCUUUGUCUGUGAUGUGAAUGGGUUCAGCUUUGUGAAGAACUCCAUGAAGUAUUAUGAUGACUGCGCCAAAAUUCUUGGGAAUAUAAUCAUGCGGGAGUUGGCUCCCCAGUUCCAGAUUCCCUGGUCCAUCCCAACAGAGGCAGAGGAUAUUCCCAUUGUCCCCACAACUUCAGGCACCAUGAUGGAGCUGCGCUGUGUUAUUGCAGUGAUACGACAUGGAGACCGCACCCCCAAACAGAAGAUGAAGAUGGAGGUUAAACACUCUAGGUUUUUUGAAUUAUUUGAGAAAUAUGAUGGCUACAAGACAGGGAAGCUGAAACUGAAGAAACCAGAGCAGCUGCAGGAAGUGCUGGAUAUUGCGCGCCUGCUAGUGGUGGAGUUGGGAACUCACAAUGACUGUGAGAUAGAGGAGAGGAAGUCCAAACUGGAGCAGCUAAAAACUGUCCUGGAGAUGUACGGACACUUCUCUGGCAUUAACCGCAAGGUGCAGCUAACCUACCUGCCUCGUGGACACCCAAAAGCUUCCAGUGAAGAUGAAGAUGCCCGUAAGGAGCCCUCCCCAUCUCUGCUACUAGUGCUGAAAUGGGGUGGAGAGCUGACCCCAGCAGGAAGGGUCCAGGCAGAAGAGCUUGGUCGGGCCUUUCGCUGUAUGUACCCUGGAGGCCAAGGUGACUAUGCUGGCUUCCCAGGGUGUGGCCUGCUCAGACUGCACAGCACCUACCGUCAUGACCUCAAGAUCUAUGCUUCAGAUGAGGGCAGGGUUCAGAUGACGGCAGCAGCUUUUGCAAAGGGUCUCCUGGCUCUGGAGGGAGAGCUAACCCCCAUUUUGGUGCAAAUGGUAAAAAGUGCCAAUAUGAAUGGGCUGUUGGACAGUGAUAGCGACUCCCUGAGCAGCUGCCAGCACAGAGUGAAGGCACGGCUGCACGAAAUCAUGCAGAAGGAUGCCAAGUUCUGCAAGGAGGAUUACGAAAAGUUAGCACCUACAGGCAGCAUCUCUCUGGUCAGCUCCAUGACUUUCAUCCAGAACCCAGUAGAGAUCUGUGACCAGGUGUUUGCCUUGAUCGAAAACCUCACUUCCCAGAUAUGCAAACGUCUGGAAGAUCCCAAAUCUGCAGACCUGCAGCUGUACCACAGCGAGACUUUGGAGCUGAUGCUGCAGCGCUGGAGCAAGCUGGAGAGGGAUUUCCGCAUGAAGAAUGGGCGCUAUGACAUCAGCAAGAUCCCUGAUAUCUAUGACUGCAUUAAAUAUGAUGUACAACACAAUUGUACCCUGAAGCUGGAGGGCACUGCUGAACUCUUCAAACUCUCCAAAGCCUUGGCAGAUGUGAUCAUACCCCAGGAAUAUGGGAUUAAUAAGGAGGAGAAGCUGGAGAUUGCUAUUGGCUUCUGUCUUCCUCUCAUCAAGAAGAUCCAGUUGGACCUGCAAAGAACCCACGAGGAUGAGUCUGUCAACAAGCUGCACCCGUUAUACUCAAGAGGAGUCCUGUCCCCAGGUCGCCAUGUCCGGACACGGUUAUACUUUACCAGCGAGAGCCACGUACAUUCGCUGCUCAGCAUCUUCCGCUAUGGUGGGCUCUUGGAUGAGUCCAAGGACCAGCAGUGGAAGAGAGCCAUGGACUAUUUGAGUGCUAUCUCAGAACUGAACUACAUGACCCAGAUUGUUAUCAUGCUCUACGAGGACAACAACAAGGACCCAUCUUCAGAGGAGCGUUUUCACGUGGAGCUGCAUUUCAGCCCAGGUGUGAAAGGAUGUGAGGAAGAUGGAAGUGCCCCUACAGGGUUUGGCUUUCGGCCUGCAUCAGCAGAAAAUGAUGAUAAGAAGCCAAACCAGGGCAGCAUGGAGGAUCUCUCCAAAGUGAAGAGCAUUGAUGAGACAGACCAAGCACAAGAAAGGUCACCCCAACUCUCUGAGCCAAUCUGCAUUCAGCGGAGAUCGCCCUUGAUCCGCAACCGGAAAACUGGGUCCAUGGAGGUGCUGUCCGAGUCCUCUUCCAAAACUGGAGGGUAUCGCCUCUUCUCCUCCUACUCCAGACAAUCUACCGAAAUGAAGCAAAGUGGCCUAGGGUCGCAAUGUACAGGACUAUUUAGCACUACUGUGCUCGGAGGCUCCUCCAGUGCCCCAAACCUUCAGGACUACGCACGCAGCCAUGGCAAAAAGUUCGCCGCCAGCCUGACAUACAAAGAUGAGCUCUUGUCUAUGCCAGCCGUAAAACGAUUUUCUGUGUCGUUUGCAAAGCAUCCGACUAAUGAUGUGCUUGAACACCACCGUGUUGUCCCGCUGCUGUGCCGUUUUCCCUCUGACUAUGCCAUGAGACAGAACAUCUCCUUGGAUGCCACUCUGGCCCACCACCUACAUCAGUGUUCCUACCACCUGCGUCUCUUCAGGAGCUGGCUGAUCUCAGGCCAGGAUGACUUGGAGUGCCUCUACGGUUUUGAAGGCUGCUCCAUGGUUCCCACCAUUUACCCACUGGAGACCCUACACAACUCCCUCUCUUUGCGACAGGUCAAUGAGUUCCUGACAUCUGUGUGCAGGUGUUACAGCAACUUGCACUCUCGAGCAUCCACAGCUCUGUUUGAUUCCGUGAUUGCAAGCCAGACAGCCGGUGACCCCUUCAUGCCACAGAGAAUCCUCUCGUCUUCAUCUCUGCCACUGCGCCAGCGCUCGGACAAACCACCGUGGUACAGCAGUGGCCCUUCCAGCACUGUCUCCAGUGCAGGCUCCUCCUCCCCGACCUCAAUGGAGAACUACGCUCGCUUCGGCUUCACGGAGAAACCUUCUAUCAGUCCCCAAAUAAGUGAAGAGCGACUGAACUGCCAGCCCCCUGAACAGAGUGAGAUGGAGCCCUUAGGGGAGGCACUUGAGUUAGACCUGGGUGGGUCUGGGCCCUUGGUAGAGAACCCCCUGGGAGAGAUGCCAGAACAGGGCCUGAUGAGGAUGCCAGGGCUCUUGGAGGUCCCAGAGCCAAGCAAGCAGGAACCAUCUGAGGAGGUGCCAGAACAGGGCACGAUGAGGGUACUGGGGUUGGGCAAGACCAGGCAGGCUGGAGAGACAUCUGAAAAAGAUGGGUUGGUGGUGCUGGAGCAGGGUGGGGAGAAGCCAGCUGGGGGAACAUGGGAGCUGGGUGAGACAGGGAAGCUGGAGGCAGGUGAGGUAGGGCUAUCUGGGAAGAUUUCAGAUGAAGAGGGGCCAGCUGGGGAGAUGUUAGAACCAGAUGUGGUCAGGCCAGUAGCACCAGGGAAGACAUCGGAGCUGGAUGAGGAGGAGCCAGUGAUGCAGAUAUUGGAGCCAAGUGAGGAGGGGCAGCCGGUGGAGAUACUGGAGAAAGAAGAAGAGGAGCUGUCCACAGAUAAUGCUCUAUCAGAUCAGCAGCCGUCCAGUCACUUCUAUCAGGACCAACAGCUGUCCAGUGAGAAAAGUGUUGAGGACGAGCAGCCUUCUAGUCAGCAGAAGCUGCAGAACUAGCAUCUCCCUCCAUGGCCAGCAUGCUGGGAAGAAAGGAGAAUCCCUGAGCCAGUCAAUGUCUGGAAGCAGUGUGGCUCCCCAAUACUGGAGUGGACUUGGCUGUGCCCAUGUCUUGCAUAAUGUUUCUAGCCCUCCAGUCAACCCGCUGGGCAGAUGUUACGACACUCCCUGCACAGCAUCUGGCACUCCAAAGCUCUGUACCAUGCCGUGGCCUGAGCUCCCAGGGCUUUAGGAGACUGGUCUAUGGAUCAUUCACGGGACAGUGGAAAAGUCUGUUCUGUUCAGAGACACCAGUCAGCUUGUCACCACCAGGCAAGGGACCCAUGCCUUCCUUAAAUAAAAAACAAAGUCAGCCCUGGGUGAGCAGGGGCAACUCCCACUGAAGUCAUAGGGAGUGCAUGGGCUUGCUUUGUCAGUGGCACUGGAGCCAGAAGUGAAGGGGAGGUGGGGCCACAGCUGUCAGGGUAAUGAGGCCAAAGGAGAUGCCUGCUGCCUGCAGCUGGUGUUAGCCCACUGAUUGCAUGGAGAGAGGCACAGGUCUGGCAGACAUGGGCACUGUAGCAGCUACAAGCCUCAUCAGAACAUACAAGUGCUGCAUGUUUGUGCUGAACAGCUGCACUGUGUUGGUCUCCUGCUCUCUGGCUGCUGGAAUAUGCCAGGGGAGGAGAUUUGAAAGCAGCUUGAGGAUCUCCUGGUUAAGCUGCAGUGUCCUUGGAAGCAGGAGAAUGAUCCUGAGGCUUGGCAAGGGUGCACAUUCAGUGUGAUGAGUGCUUUGCAGGCCAGUGGCUUCUGGAAUGGAGAAAUCCCAGCCUGCAGGUUCCCAACAAGCCUGUUGAGAAAUGGCUUUUAUGUGACUGAACGAAAAAUAGGUAACACUGGGCAUUGCCUGCUGCCAAAACCAGCUCCUUCCUUCCAUGGGCCCCGCUACCUCUGCCCAACCUGACUGCUCCACUUGCCAGGCCUGGUAACUGUCUGCCUCUCUCACCUCACCUGUCAGUCGCCCCUCAGGUGGGGAUGGUUGUAGGGAGGCACAGAGGCAAGUCUGAUUGUAGGGAGAAACACUGGCAGGGGGCAUGGGACAGGCACUGCAGCAGGGAGGGCAAUGGGGGGUGAGAUAGGAAGCUUUACUUGGGGCACUGCAGGGUCAGGUUGGGGACCACUGCAUGUGGGGGGACCCUUUUCAGUGGCUGCCCCUUUGUGUGUUCCCAUUGGGCUGGGAUUCCUGCAAGGAGGGGCAUGGUGCCCACUCUAGAAGGGAUGCACAGGGAGUACAGAGGCAGGUCUUUCUAGUCCUUGAGGGUUGAGUGAGGUUUGAGCUCUGAACCCUUCAGUGAUAGAAACAAAGUGCAACUGCUUUUUGAGCAAAUCAGGUUUUAUUUUUAAGACACUGAUAAGGAGAAAUUGCUAUUGUGGAUAAAGUACAAACUAUUUAAUAUAUAUGUAAAUGAGUGUCAAGCACAAGCCCAGAGGCAUGGUAACUACAGGGGUCCUGGCUCCUAAGCCACUGCAGGUAGCGGAAUCCCCAUCUGCAGGGGCUGUGAUGUCACCUCUUGAGCAAAGUGGACAGUCUGUCGGAGCAAGUGGAAGGCUCCCUAUUCCUUUGUCCCGCCUAUGGGGAGGACUGUAUUUAUGGUACAGGUUUGUCUGUGUCUGUAGUCUCUGGGGAAGCUAUACCCAAAGAUCUCUGUGCUGUAUCAGAAUGUGUGUGUUCACAGUAAACAUGCUACACUAUA